UUAUGGGUGAUGAGUCAGUACCAUUUUUGCUGGACCAAGGAACCACUAAAACAUAUAAAAUACCUAUUGGUCACCUGGACUACAAGUUCAUUGAAAAAUGCACAGAUGUUAAACACCUGGAAAAGAUUCUCAGGGUAUUAAGGUCUGGUGAAGAGGGAUGUUAUCCUGAACUUACAUUGUUUUGUGAAAAGCGUAUUGAGCAUUUAGAUCCAAGGAGCAGAGCUCUGAGAAAAGAUAAGCCUGCAGCCACAGCUUCUGAUUUCACAGCUGAAGAAUGGGAAGCAAUUAAUGGUGAACUGAUGAGCUGGGUGACAGAAAUGAAUGAAGAUGAUAAGAAACCACAGUUCCUGAGAACAGACACACUGCAGGAAAGACAAGAUAACUUGCCUCCUAUUCGUUGUUCCAGCAGCUCUCUUCCUGCUAAUCAGAACAAAAAGUUACAAAACAAACAAAGAAACAAGAAAAACAUACCACGGGAUUACAGUGAAUGGGACAAGUUCGAUGUGGAAAAGGAGUGUUCUAAAAUUGAUGAAGGCUGUGAAGAAAAUAACUCAAAAGCAAGAUUCUUUAGUAGGCCAAGUCUACCUAUAAUCGAACAGAAAAUAGACACAACUGGCAUGACAAAGAAAGAGAAGAUUUUUAUUGCUACUCGUGAAAAAGAAAAGGGCAAUGAAGCCUUUGCCAUUGGCGAUUAUGUGGAAGCAGUGACUUACUACACUCGGAGUAUAUCAGUAAUACCCACUGCAGCUGCGUAUAAUAACAAAGCUCAAGCAGAAAUCAAACUUCAGGACUGGGACAGUGCUUUGCAGGAUUGUGAGAAGGUACUAGAUAUGGAACCUGGCAACGUAAAAGCUCUGAUGCGCCGUGCCACUGUAUACAGUCAGCUGCAGAAUUACCAGACAGCUAUAGAGGAUCUGAACAAAGUAUUGUGUGUUGAACCAGAAAACGUUAUAGCUAAGAAAAAUCUGCUAGAGAUUGAAAAGAAUCUGAAAGGUUUAAAGCCUGUACCUGAGACUCAAGGCAAAGGAAGAAGAAUACUUAUUCAAGAUGUAGAGGAUUCAGAAGGUGAUGAAGAAAGAGGGGAAAAUACAGAAGAAAGUGAAAGAAGCACUGGAGAUAAAAAAAUUGGCGUGCCAGUAAGAGGAGAGGCGGCUACUGAGGAGGCAGAAAUGGGGAACGCGCAGAGAAAGUUUCAUAGCAAAGGAGGUGGCAGUAAGGCGGAAGACAGAGAGACACAGAAGCAGAAGGAAUCCACUGAGAGCAGAUUAAAAAAAGGUACAUCAGAGAAAAAACCACAAAAGCAUUUAUCGGACCAUGAAGGUGAAGUUAAUGGCUAUUUACACAGUGAUCAAAAGAGUGAAAGUCCUGAAGCUGAGAAGAUCUCCAGAUCAAAUGGAGCAGGGUCUCAGUCAGCUGGUGGUGGCAGUUCUACUUCACUUCCUCCUACUGCAGCAAAACUAAAAAGUGAAGGAAACGAGUUAUUUAAGAGUGGACAGUUUGGUGAAGCUGUGCUCAAAUACUCGGAAGCAAUUGAAUAUGUCAUUGGUCUAGGAGAACAAAGUCCAGAUGAUUUAAGCAUCUUGUACUCAAACAGAGCAGCAUGUUACCUCAAAGAAGGCAACUGCAGUGACUGCGUUCAGGAUUGUAACAGAGCUCUGGAGCUUCAGCCAUUUUCCCUUAAGCCUCUUCUACGACGAGCAAUGGCAAAUGAGUCUAUGGAGCGGUAUCGACAGGCAUACAUUGAUUAUAAAACAGUCCUACAAAUAGACAGCAGCAUCCAAGCAGCAAAUGAUAGUGCUAAUAGAAUAACAAAGACUUUAAUAGAUCAGGAUGGUCCCAGUUGGAGGGAGAAACUGUCACCAAUUCCAGUUGUCCCAGUUGCUGCUCAGCUACACAGGUGGGAUGGAGGAAACUUUACUUCAGAGAGUAAGCCAAGUACUACAGAUAUCAACAGAGAAGAACAGCUGCAGAUGAAUCGUGAGAAAGCUGAGGAGACAUUCAAGACAUUAAAAAAUGAAGGGAAUGAUUUUGUAAAAAAGGGUAAAUAUGAAGAAGCUGUAAAUAAAUACAGCGAAUGCAUGAAGUUAAAUACCAAGGAAUGUACAAUCUACACUAACAGAGCUCUCUGUUACUUGAAACUGUAUAAAUAUGAAGAGGCUAAGCAGGAUUGUGAUCAUGUUCUUCAGAUAGAAGAUUCUAAUAUUAAAGCUUUUUAUAGAAGAGCACUAGCGUACAAAGGAUUACAGAAUUAUCAAGCCAGUGUUGAUGAUUUCAACAGAGUACUUCUAAUAGAUCCAAAUGUUCUUGAAGCAAAAAAGGAACUGGAGGAGGUAACCCAACUGCUUGACCUCGACAGCAGUGCUGUAGUUGGCGAUCAGCAAAAGCAAAGGAAGAAAAUAAUCAUACAAGAGGUGACUGAAUCUGAUGAAGAGGAAGAGAGACAGUUUGCUACAUCAGAAAAUGUUACGACUGAUCAUGUUACUUCUAAGGAAGCAGUUCAAGAGUGUGUGCCACUGAAGUCCUCUGAGAAAGUGCACAUUUCUGAACCAUCUAAUGCUUAUGACUUCGGUCAGAUUAUAAAUGCAGUGCAUACCAAUAAGGAUAAAGCUGCUUGUGCAGAUCUUUUAACAAUUACUGAUCCCAAAAAAUUGCCAAUGCUGCUAAGUAACAAACUUGAAGGAGAAAUCCUUUCGAUCUUUAUCCAGUCAUUGGAACAUUAUGUACUUGGAAAAGAUCCUGGCCUUGUAUAUCAGCACCUUUUCUACUUGAGCAAAGCAGAAAGAUUUAAGGUGGUGCUCGCCCUUCUUAGCAAAAACGAAAAAGAACAGGUUCAGCAACUGUUUGACUUACUUUCAGAAAACCAGAAUCCUCAGUACUCUUUGGAAGAUCUUGAGAGCCUUAAGAAGGUUUAUGAACUUUAAGAAGUUAAAAUUUAUUAGUUGCAUGCAUAUAGUUCAUGUUUAUAAGAUGGAUGUAUGAACUCUGCGGACUUGCAUGGGUUGAAGUGCGUCUUUACCCAGACUGUUUAAAUUUUAUUUUGUUUUGACAGCAUAUGCACAUUUAAAACUUGCUGCUCUUUUUUUCUUGUAUACAUUUUUAAUCUCUAGAAUUUAAUGCAUGUCUUUGUGUUUAGUAACAGAGUUCAUGUUAUUUGGCAUACUGAUUUUACUUAGACUGUGUUAAUUAUAUAUAUAAAAAUAUAUUUUACAUUAUAUAUAUAAU